CUAUAAAUAAACGUGCGAUUUAUGCAGCGCUCAUUUCAAGAUUUGCAAGCAGCGGGCCGUCAGCUCAAAUAAGUCGUUAGUCCAUUUUCUGCGGAUAAGUUUGGCAAUUAGUUGGCUAAGAUUGUGUGCAUCCCAGUGUCCGUGUGUGCAGCAAUUGCAGCAACAAAUGCAGUUAACCGAGAAAACCGAAAAGCCAACAAAAAAGCAACUGUAAAAAGCGCUCGUGAAGAAAUAAAAGUGAAGCCGGUUUGCAAAAAUUACGCAAAUAAAAAACCAAAAUCCAAAAAAAGGAAAAACGGAGACAAGAAAAUUACCGUCUGGAUUGUAUUCGUGUUUUAAAUCGAGUCACACGAAAAUAGUCAAAUAGAAAGAGUCCAGUAAUCAAUUGAAACGAGUUUGCAUCGGCCAAUUGUGCAGAGGAAAUCGGAAAGCAACAGCCAGCCAGCCCCAAAAAUGCAAUUGCCUUGCAUCUCGCUCACUAUUUUGGCCGCCCUGGCACUCGGAAGUGGCUAUGCGGCCACGCUGCCAACCUCCGCACCCAGUGUUUUUAGCUCCGAUCCUAAACCGAAUCCAAAUUCCGGUCCGGUCGAGGAGUUGGCGGUGAAGUCUCCCAGCGAUGUGGCUUUGCCCUCCAGUUCAAUCGAUUUUGGCGAUGCAGUUGCACCAGCGGUGGCUAGUCUGGCCAGUGGCUCGAAUGAGGUGACACCCUGUAGCUUGAGCUCUACGGAUCUGAACGAAUGCAUUCGCGGCUUGAUCCAGUCAUUUGCACCUAGGCUAAGGUAUCAGGGCGUGCCAGAGUUUAACAUGGACUCGAUUGAUCCGUAUUUCUACAAGAGAGGCAUCUUUCGGUACACCAACGAUGGCAUCCAGGGCGGACUCCUGAUCAAGAACAUGGAGAUCUAUGGCAUCAGCCAGUUGCAGGUGAACAGUGUAGCAGCAAAUUUCACCGAGAACGGCUUCAUAAUUAAGUUGGGCGUUGAACUGCCGCAACUGAAGGCCGGUGGACACUUCAAGGCGGACGUGAAGUUCGGAGGACUGCGUCUGGUGCCCAAGGGGCCCUUCAACAUUACCAUAGACAACAUCAAGGCCACCAUUCUGACCGAUGGCCACAUCGAACAGCUGCCCAGUGGUCAGCAGCGUCUCAGUUUACACCGCCUGAAUGCCAAUGUCAAUAUCGGCGAUGCCAAGGUGGUGGCCAAUGGCAUCUUCUCCGAUCGCAACCUCAAUGCCAUGAUUCUCAAUCUGGUCAACGAGAAUCUGCCAGAAAUCACUCGCGUCGGAAUUCCCGCCACCCGCGAACAAUGGGCUCCCAUUCUGAUUGCCCACAUCAACGAGUUCUUCGCCAAGGUACCCAUCGAAAAAUUCCUGGUUCAAUGAUGCACUGAGCGCGUCCUCAAGGAACAUUUAGCUCCUAGUUAGUUUAAGCCUAAUGUUAACGACUACAAAUUUAACUUAAGCGCUGUUUCCAAAUAAUUUUCUAUGCACAAACGAUUUGGCAAUCAUUUGGAAUGAUUUUAAACAUAACCAAUUUAUAUUUAUUUAUAUCAUCUAUUCUGAACAAAGAUAGAAGUUAUGUGAAAAUUUUAAAAUAAAUUCUCUUUCCAAUAA